AUGUUUCUCCAAGCGAUUGGAAAUGUGCACAAACGGCAGCGUGCGCUUAUUAGUAAGAUUUUCUGGAAUUGUUUGAAAAUGCUCUGAUGAACGCCUUGCAGACGUCGUUUUCUGCGUACUUGUGAAAGUUUUCCUCCUCGUCGGCUAUUUUACUAUCAAACGAAAUCGAUAUUCGACGGUGGACACGUGGCAGAGCGCCCAGGAGAUUGCCACGAAUGCGACGGCCGACGCGUUCGCCGCAAAUUCGACGGUACAAUAGCGGUUACAGAUUUUUCGGGGUUUACUAUGAAACAUUAGCGGAUUUACUUCAAAAUCUGUGAAUUUCACGUAAAAACUCAGCCAUGUGUUUCCGGGAAAAAACACCAAUUUUACUUGCAGACACUGAAUUUCACCCAAAUUCUGUGGGACGCCGACUUGGCGCUCGUCUACACAAACAAAACGAUUGUCGAGGAGCCGGAAAAGGACAUUUUGCUCGUCGUCAAUCUUUUCGUCGGCGUUGGUAGGCUCUUUUUACGGGAAAUGUCACGGAAACGCUGGAGAAAUGAUGCAAUCGCGUUCUGUCGCUCUGCGGCCGUUUGUCCGUUUUCAGAGAAUUCUAGGCCAGCGAUGGCGCUGAAUGGUUUUUUUAAACUGUAUUUGACACAAAAAUUCGAAUUUGCAGCCGACGACGUGCACGACAAAGAUUCGUGGUACGUUGUGCUCUUCUCAUUCUUCGGCACUCUGAUAUACGGAUGGAAUGUGCUGCGGCUCGCGAUUUGGAUCGACCGAAAACUCGAGCAUUUUCUCGGUAUUUUCUAAUGAGAAUUUCCUGAAUUUGUAUACAAUUUUUGUCAGACGACGUGUCGAUUUACGAGCGAUUGGGCGAUGAAAACGAGUUUACGGAUUUCGUGCUCGAUUACCGCAAUCAGAAAGAUCGGAGACCGGUCGAAAUGAAAUCGGUUCGUCGGAAACUUUUGCUUUUCCAUUUUUCAACGAUUUCUAGGCCAGAAAUGCCGUAAAUGUCUAAAUUUCCGAACUUUUUAGGUUGACCACCGAUUUUUCGCAAAAUUUUACCGCUUCUGGCCUAGUUUUGCGGAAGAACCGGUAAAGCGACUGAAAAUCAUCGAUAAUUCCAGACGCUCUCGAUGGAAUACGACAUAAAACAGUCGUGGGACACGCUGACGACCAGCAAACUGAAAGCGUUCCUGCCGAUCGCGCCGUCGCUCAUCUUCCUCGGAACCUACGCGACGCUCACGUUCUUCCUCUCCGCCUACCACACAUGGAUGCGCGAGCCGCACGAGAUCAGCGAGAACAUGCGCGCGGUGACCAACUUCGUCUCGGGCCUCGAAGCCUCGAUGAUCGGGGGCAAACGCGACGUGAACAGCUUCGUCUUCGUCUUUUGGGGCCUCGUCUGUCAGAUACUCUUCUUUUUGACCGUCUACCGAUGCUCUGAGCUCGUGGUUCGCAUCUAUUGUGCUCUUUCGGGAAAGGAAGAUCCGGUUACACCGGCGUUCUUGGACUCGAUCACCGAAAAACCGAAGGAGGAAAAGGAGGCGGAGAAGAAGAACGAAUAG